AGAUGUCUAGUAAAUACAGGAAACUCAAAUGUCAAACACUAACCGUUUCAAACUCCACCCUCCAAAAAUCUCGUCCUCUUUCCAUCUCUCCGCUCUCUGAAUCGAUCCAUCCGCUCUCCUUUUUCUUCUCUUCUGUUUUGUAAAUCAAUCAAUGGAAGAGUGCCUGAGAAAGCUGAGUCUGUGGGAAACCAAGACUUUUAAGCCUAUUAUGAGCCAUGAUGAUCUGGAGCCCAUUAUUCUCGGCUUGGGCUUCGUCGGUCUUCCUCCGUCAUCCACCGUCCCCGCCUGGAAAGAGUACCUCUACACCGCCCGCUCCACCAAAUCUUCAUCAUCGUCGUUGCCCCCUCGGCCCAGGCUGCCUUAUCCGAGAGUAGACGGACUCCAUAUCUACACUUACCGCGCUUUCCUUGACGCCCUCAAUUUCUACCUUCAGAUUCCGGAUAUCUCCGAUCUCUUCCAUGUCCGGGGAAUGGCUCUUCAUAGAGUACAGGACAAGAAUAGGAGGUUCCGUAGGAUGGAGGAAGAUGACAGUGUGUUUGUUUAUAGAGAAGGAACUCUUGAUGAAUCCACCCACAAUCUCUAUCUCUCCACUAGCCAUAAUAACAAUAACAAUAGCAUCACCACCAAUGGCAAUAGCAACAACGAGAAUGGAAAUGGGAAUGAGAAUUGCAAUGCUAAAGGCUCUGACUAUGUUGGUUUUGGUGGUGGUGGCAUUCGUGACAAGGGCAACACCACCCCCGUUGGCUCCCUUGUUCCUUUGAAGGAUAUCAUUGUCUCAUGAUCAUUAUUUAUGUCUUAUUUUUUCUCAUCAAUUUUGGAUCCUCAGGAUUAUUAUUAGACUAGAAGUUUUGAUAUAAAAUUGAACUCUUAUAGGAGAUUUUGAAUUGUUUAUAUAAAAUUUUGUUUUUCUUC